AUGGUGUUGUCUCCAUUGGCCCAGUUUUUGGGAACAGGAAACCAGACACCGAAUGUCCCCAGCGCAUUGCUUGAGCGCUUGUUCGAUGACCAGAAUAUGCGCUUUCAGACGCUCUUCUCCCAAAUUUGCCCUCCAUGUACACUUAAUCUGGGUAAUUUCUACCGGGAUUGGACUGCAAAUUUGCAGUCCAAAGGGGUCGAGUUCAGAGUUUCAUGUGAUGCUGAAAUAGUUAAGAGGAAAGAAGGGGGUCACCAUCCGAACAAAAGCAAAGACCAACUUUCCCAAGACAAAUCCAAUAGCAUUCGACGAGCUGGUGCUAUAUGCUCAAGCGGACGACGCAAAGAAUCUUCCUGGCAAACAUGCCACCUGGAAAAACGGUUUAUCCUGGGUGGAGUGAAAAUUUUCAACGACAUCACAGUCACCGAUUCGGACUCGGAAUAUUUCCAAAGCAUCUUUGAAAAAAUAUUCAAAAGAGGCCUGUGCGCGGAAGCGACAACAGAAACAAGAAAGGAUUAG